CCGCCGCCGCCAUCUCCUCGAAGACCGCAGCGCGAAACAAAGCAAAACCCUUCUCCUCCCUCCCCGCCUCCUCUCCUCGCCGCCGCAGUCUCGCUAGGGUUUGGCCUCCCCCGCCCGCCGCGCGCGCUUCCAGAAGCUUCUAGGCGCUCCGAAGAGGGGGAAGCUUCCGCAGCCGCAGCCAUGGCGUCCACCAAGGUCCAGCGUAUCAUGACCCAGCCCAUCAACCUCAUCUUCCGGUUCCUCCAGAGCAAAGCGCGCAUCCAGAUCUGGCUGUUCGAGCAGAAGGAUCUCCGGAUUGAGGGUCGCAUCAUCGGAUUUGAUGAGUACAUGAACUUGGUCCUCGAUGAUGCUGAGGAGAUCAAUGUUAAGAAGAACACUAGGAAAUUAUUGGGUAGGAUACUCCUGAAAGGCGACAACAUAACUUUGAUGAUGAACAGCGGGAAGUGAAAGCUCAUCCGGGAUGACGUUCUGGUGUUUGCCAAAGUAUUUCUGUGACACUUUGUACUCCAUGGAAUGUAGCAUGUAAUCGUGGUUCAUUGAGGAUAUGUAACGACUGUUGGGUUCCUUUCAACUCAUUCUGUGAACUCUAUGCGAUAUGUCGAGAUAACGAGCUGCUGACUUUGUUU